AUGAUUGUAUCGGCGGGCUUGUACCACGAAAGCACGCAUUGGAUCGAUUUGGAGCUCGACGAUGAGAUACUCCGAGAUGGCUCGACAGCCUACGGCUGGGCAAAGAUCAUGCAGUUGAGCACUUUCAAGAGGCUGACCAACGCGGAUACAUACGCGUACCUGGGACUUCUUGCCCGGUACGAGAGUCUCGGCUGGUGGCUCGAUCCGCAUCUAGGUAGAGCCGACCACGGCGUGAUGAUGCAAGCACCCGCGGGCUGGAGACCUCCCUAG